CCACCAUUAGGGAGCGGCGCGGAGGCCUGGCCGCCUUCUCUGUGCGGAGCUGCUGGGCCGGGCGCCGCGGGUGAGGUGGCAUCGCGAAGGGCGGCUGAGGGCGACAGGGAGGAGGAGAAAGCACUUUGAAAACCUCUAAAGGAUACACUUGUGCGCUCUCUCACUUCAUCAGGGAAGAUGGAAGUACUCCGGGAACCCCAGAUGCUGUUGGCACGUCUGGAGUGUGAGCACUGCGGCUUCCGAGGUUCCGACCGUGAGAAUGUACAGAUCCACAUGGGGACAGUCCAUCCCGAGUUCUGUGAUGAGAUGGAUGCCGGUGGGCUAGGGAAGAUGAUAUUUUACCAGAAGAGUGCAAGACUGUUUCACUGCCACAAGUGUUUCUUCACCAGCAAGAUGUACUCUAAUGUGUAUCACCACAUCACGGCCCAGCAUUCAGGUCCAGAGAAAUGGGCCGAGAAACAAAAGAAUCAGUCAAACAAAGACACAGAGUCUGGGAAAAGUCCUUUUUGGGAACUGCAGAAAACACCCUCUAACUCCGCAGAGCUCCUUAGAGCUGGGCCCACCGUUGCCAUGGAUACGCAGAAACCUGCCCCAGUUCUGUGUCCAGAGCCAAAGCCCACUUGUGAGUCCCCGUUGGAGCACCAGCCCAGCUCCACUGCUUCUCCUGAGCACCAGGAACCUCCUGCCCCUGUCUCGUCUCCAGAACUUUCCAGACCAACGCCUGUUUCUGAGUGCCAGAAACUAAUUCCCAUUCCUUCCCCUGAAGCACAGAGACUUGCUCCUGUGUCACCUGAGCCUGUGAAGGCUACUCUGCCCAAUCCCAGGUCACAGAAGCACUCCCACUUCUCAGAAGUAUUGGGGCCUCCUUCAGCCUCAUCCCCAGAGUCACCAGUUCUGGCUGCUUCGCCUGAGCCUUGGGGGCCACCCCCCUCUGUGUCUCCAGAGUCCCGGAAGCCAGGCCAGACGCUCUCUCCUGAGCCUUGGGGGCCAUCCCCCUCUGUGUCUCUGGAGUCCUGGAAGCCAGGCCAGACGCUCUCUCCUGAGCCUUGGGGGCCACCCCCCUCUGCGUCUCCAGAGUCCCGGAAGCCAGGCCAGACGCUCUCUCCUGAGCCCCGGAAGCCAUCUCCGGCAGAGUCUCCUGAGCCCCGGAAGCCACUCCCCGCUGUCUCCCCUGAGCCCAGGAGGCCAGCCCCGGCUGCAUCUCCAGGCUCUUGGAAGCCAGGGCCCCCCGGGUCCCCCAGAUCUUGGAAAUCUGGCUCUUCAGCAUCCUCUGGACCUUGGAAACCAGCUAAGCCUGCCCCCUCUGUGUCCCCUGGGCCUUGGAAGCCAAUUCCAUCUGUGUCCCCUGGGCCUUGGAAGCCAGCUCCGUCGGUUUCCCCUGCAUCCUGGAAGUCAUCUUCAGUCUCUCCUGGUUCCUGGAAAACUCCUCCUACAUCUCCGGAGUCAUGGAAGUCCGGCCCGCCAGAGCUCCGGAAGACAGCUCCCCCUUUGUCACCUGAACAUUGGAAGGCGGUUCCUCCAGUGUCCCUUGAGCUCUGCAAAGCAGGCCCCUCCCUGUCCCCAGAGAUCCGUAGUCCAGCAGGGUCCCCAGAGCUCAGAAAGACCCCGGGGUCCCCAGAACUGUGGAAGCUUUCUCCUGAGCAGCGGAAAGCGGCUGCACUUGAUUUCCCUGAGCCCCAGAAAGGCGCCUGUGGUGCUGCCCCUGAUCUCUGGAAGUCUUCCUUUUUCAUGGAGCCUCAGAAGCCUGUCUUCCCUGACGCCCGGAAGCCAAGCCCCUCUGGACCUUCAGAAUCCCCUAAAACGUCCUCUGACAUCUGGAAGCCCGUUCUCUCUGUUGACACCGAGCCUAGGAAACCCGCUCCAUUUCCUGAGUCCACCACAACGGUUUCGCCCACUUCGUCUGAGCCACGGAAGCGCACCCUUUUCCCAGAGCCUCGGAAGCACACCCUUUUUCCUGAGCUUCCCAAAGCGGCUGUCUUCACAGAGUCUCAGAAAGCUGUUGGAGAGUUACCAACAGAAUCCAUAGAUGACCAAGAAUAUGAUCUCUUGUCUCGGGAGGAACUAUUAGCCUCACCUAAGAAGCUUGCAGAGGACGUUUUAUUUCCCUCUAAGAAGCUCAAGAGAGACAAUCAGGAGAGCUCUGAUGCUGAACUCAGCAGCAGUGAGUAUGUGAAGACAGACCUGGACGUCGUGGACAUCAAGGGCCAAGAGUCGAGCAGUGACCAGGAGCAGGUUGACGUGGAGUCCGUUGACUUUGGAAAAGAAAAGACAGACAUGACUGGCCCAGAGCAGUCCAAAAACGUGCUGCAGUUCACUGAGGAGAAGGAGGCUUUCAUCUCUGAGGAGGAGAUUGCAAAGUACAUGAAGCGAGGGAAGGGAAAGUAUUACUGCAAGAUCUGCUGCUGCCGUGCCAUGAAGAAGGGCGCUGUCCUGCACCACCUGGUGAACAAGCACAAUGUCCACAGCCCGUACAAGUGUGCCAUCUGCGGGAAGGCUUUUCUGUUGGAAUCUCUCCUCAAAAAUCACGUAGCAGCCCACGGGCAAAGUUUACUUAAAUGUCCACGUUGUAAUUUUGAGUCAAAUUUUCCUAGAGGCUUUAAGAAACAUUUGACUCACUGCCAGAGCAGGCAUAACGAAGAGGCGAGCAGGAAGCUGAUGGAGGCUCUUGAGCCACCACUGGAAGAGCAGCCUGUGUGAGCUGCUGUUGGCUGCAGGUGCCGGGCUUCCAGGGAGCUCUGGGGCAGUGGGUGCAGUGUGUCCAGUGUGUUCGAGUAGUGUCAGCGGAGAGGAGAGUAAGCACUCGGUGGCUUCUUCAUGCUCUCUGUGUGGCUUAGAAGUCAUAGUGUUCAUUCCAGAGCAGCAGAUUCCACUCAUUUCUUUCAGUGUUUAUGAGUACUGUGGAGAGCUAGACAUUCCAUUGAAUGAACAAAUUGUAUUGUUAUAAACAUCUAGUUAAUGUGUAUGUUUUUGUAAGAGUGAUCUCUUUCACACAGUGAAAAUUAUUGGAGUGUGUAGGUGUGAGAAUUUGAGAAGUGUAUCUCUAGUUACAACCUUUCUGGUUUGAUACAUAGAACUGUACAGCUCAUCUAUUUCUGGGCAGCUUUGAAGAUGUGGGAAGUGCAGUCUCAGGAUUGCUGGCUGUCUGCUGGUGGGAAAAAGUAGGCUUCACAGACAGUCUCUAGCCUCGUGUAGGAGACUGACAGCGACGGUGACUGUAGGCGUUGUCUCUGCUUGUUUCCUUGGAAUCUUUCUGUCUGUAUCUUCCUGAGAUCUGGUCUGUGCCUUCCUGUGAGCUCUCACCAACAGGCCUCUCUUAGUAGAAGCCAGGUGGUUCAGCCUUUGUACCUCCUCCUCUUGGGUCUGCUUCAGGCCGGCUGAAUACCUUCUGGACCCACAGUAGGCGUUUUAUAAAUAGGCAUUUCAGUUUGAGGCUUUGUCGAUGUCACGUUUUCAUAGCUGCUGUAAAUACCUUGUGUUUAUCAGUGUGUUAUUUUAAUUUAAAAUACUUUGUUAACAAGUAUUAAUCAAAUAAAAACAGGCUUUCAUGUCAA